GUACUGGAGUAGUGUUAACAGUUCUACAGCAGACUCAUUUGACAAGAAAAGUGUCGAGCAAUUGUGUGAUACUGUUCCAUCACAGUUUUGCCGUCUGUCCAGCGUGACUUCGGUAUAUAGUCUGCCAUCUGCUAUCCCGGAGAGCUUGCAUUUCACGGACUAUAAAGAGGCAGACAGUUACAGAGCUUGUCAUUCCUGCUGUCAGUCCAGUCCCAGCGAGGUCAGAACACGUCACCAGAACAGAGGUCGUCGCCAUGGAGAGCAGUGUAGGAACUCAAGUCGUCAGCACGUCGCUGCUGCUCGUCCUUGCUUUACUGUCAUUUGGUGCCAGCCAGGGAGUUGAGCCUCUUUGCCAGAGCAAGGUGUGCGCCGCCACCGAGGAAUGUCGGGUCAGCGAGCAGUGCGACGCAUCACAAAAAUGCACCUUUAGUCCAGUGUGCAUUCCCAAACAAACGAGCACUUUUCUGUCUGGCGGAUGCAUUAUUGGGGAGCCACUAAUACGACAAGCAGGCAAUGAGUGGGAAACAGUCGUCUGUCACCCACGUGCCCCAUGCCCAACGGACUUUUACUGUAGCGUAGCGCUGAUGGAUGUUGCUGCUAGGUGCUGUCGGUCUGACACAGUUCGUCCUCCCAAACCUGGUGUGUGCCCGAACCCAGACCCCAGCGUGGAACGAUUCUUCUGCGUGGACACGUGCUUAACAGACAACGACUGUUUCUACAAUGAAAAGUGUUGCAACACCGGCUGUGCAAAGCAAUGUACUAAUCCGAUUGAAGACCCUUGCCGGGCAAAGGUGUGCCCCAAUGGCGGUAUGUGUCAACUGUCCAGUCUGGGACAACCUGAAUGUGUUCCCGUUGGACUAAGAAGUUAACACGUGGAAACCAGUCUGCGCUGCUCCGACGAAGCCCGCCAAUAGGACUGAAGCCUACAGACCAACCAAGUUUUCAAUAAAAGCUGGUCUGUGGGCUGCUAAUGAUAACAUUUCACAUUUUAUAUCGACAGACCACCUACCAGAUAAUCUUAACCCUGACUUUAAAAAUUGUCUUAAACGUAGUAAAGAUAUAUAACAUAAAGAUAUAUCUUUUAAAGACAGCAACAGUAACCACACAGAUAAAUAAAAAGGUGCUACAAUUUAGUUUCAAAAUUUAGAACUAUAAAAUAAAUGUCACACAGCAGGGGUCUUCAUAACCAAGUAAAAUUAAAGAAAAUAAAAAGGUUUUAUAAAAAAUCACUCGUUAUCAAAUCGACAAUCAUUCUU